AUGUCGCUUUCACUUUAUUUUGUUUAUUUUUCCUUUUCCUUCUCUUUAUUUACUCUAAACACAAUUACCUCCUGUUACCGCUUUCUUUCUUUCUUUCUUUCUUUCUUUCUUUCUACUUUUUUUUCUUUUUCCUUAUUUAUCCAAGUUAUUAAAAUACCCUUUACUUUCUGUUAUAUAUCUUUCUUUCUUUCUUUCUUUCUUUCUUUCUUUCUUUCUUUCUACAACUCUUGUUUGAUGAAAGUUUUCUUUUUAUCCUUUCAUUCUUUUUAUUUUCUGACUCAAUAUUUUCCUUCUUCAUCACUUUUCUCUUUUUUUUUUUUUUUGAGUAUUUUGUUCUCUUUUUCCUUUCUUCAUUUCUUAUCCAACUUUUCCUUCCAUCCAUAUUUUCAUCCUUUCGUCUUUUUGGUUCUCCUCUUCCCUCACACUUUCUCUUUCGUCACCCUUCCUCUCACCCCGUCUAUCACUGUUACAAACUCCUCCAUUUUUAUCGCUAAUCCCACAAGAGCUCGUGAUAGUCGUACUGAUUUCAUUUGUCAUAAGUUCUGA